UCGUGUUGCUAUGGUUACAUGAACACAACCGGGACGUAAUUAGCUGCCUGUUAAGAGUUUGUGGUUUCACAACACGAGCUAAAACACGUAUUAUUUUUUUGUACUUUGAAGAAACCAGAUUGUAGCAGUUAAUGUGUUCAAAUUUAACUUCGUUUCUGAGCUGUUUUCUUGGACAUUUGGGCGAGAGAAGGUCGGUGGCAGGUUUUGACCGUUUACUUCAACCACUCCAACGUUUCUCCUCGCAGUCACCAACAUGGAAAAGCUGAAAGACUUAAACGUGACGGUAGAUGAAAUCGACAGACUGACAAAAGCUUUAAGAGAUGAGAAAUUCAGGGAAAUGCUGCGCGAUUACGCCCAAGAAAUAUCAGACCCGGAGAAUAUGAAAAGAUAUGAGGAGGAAAUCAAAAUUUUGGAGAAGGAGAGAGGAAACAGCGUCGAGUUUAUCCACCCGAAACCGUUCAGGGCUCUCAGGACGAGUGUGGACGGCAAGCAGAAGUGCUUUAUCAACAUCUGUGCCAGUGAUAACGUCGAAAAGCCUGAGUAUAAGAGUGGUGUGUCGGAGGAUGGCCGCAAAGGUCAGUGCUGGUCCCUGCCUCAUGGUCUGCACCCAGGGAGACAGGACACCGACCCAAAAGGAAACAAGAUCAUGAUCUAUGAUGUGAUUUUCCACCCUGACACUCUCCACAUAGCAAGCAGAAACAAGGGUUUCAUGGAUAUGGUAGACAGUGUGGCCAUUCAGGGGAUCCAGAAUGCUUUUAAAGUGACUCUGGACAAAAACAACAUGCGAGUGAUGAACACCAAGUACAAGGGCACACCUCAGCCUUGUGUCAUCCGAAAACCCAUACCUGGAUACAAAGCCAGGGAGCCCUCAGAGAAGCCUGACCCUCUUGCCUUCCCGUACCCGGACGAAAAGAGACCUGUAGAAUCCUCACAAACCAAACCUACAGAUUCACCUGCAACAAAAACCAGCAGCGACACCAAACCUAAAAGCUACCAGAUCCAGCCUCAGGAAACCAGAGAGCCGACCAGGCCGAACCACACAGUAAAAUACAGAUCUGUUGUCGACCUGCAGGACUUUAGAUGCUCGAGAGACUCAGCCAGGGGCCCCAGGCCCAAAGAGAUAGUGGUCACCAUUGACUUGCCGCUGCUGAAGUCCGUUGCAGACACCAGCCUGGAGGUGAAAGAGAAUUGCCUGCUCCUGGAGUCCAAGAAACCAGCGUACAGACUGGAGCUGCCUUUAGCCUACCCUGUAGAUGAAGACAAAGGAGAGGCCAAGUUCAACAAAGCAAAAGGACAGCUGACAGUUACACUUCCUGUUCUUCCAUCUCGUGAGGCUUUUGAUUUUGGGCUUGCUACAACUGAUGGUGACACUCAGGGUGUAGGAGAUGAUGAAGGGAAGGGGAAGGAAUGUGAGGAGGGCGAGAAAGGUGAAGAGGAGGGAGGAGAAGAGCAGGGGAGGAAAGGCCAGGAGGAUGCAGAGGGGGAGGAAAGUGUAGCGUGUGAAUGCAGGGAGCAGGAGAGGGGAAGUGAGAAAGGUGAGGAGGAGCAAAGAGGCGUUGAGGAGGAGAAGGUAAAGCAGGAGGAUCUGAAGCAGCAGACAAGGGUGGAGGAGGGAGAGGAGCAGAUCAGGAAAGGCCAGGAUGACGUAGAGGGGGAGGAAAGCGUAGUGGGUGAGGAGGAAAAAUGGAGAAAGCAGAAGGGAAAAGAAGUGGAGGAGGACACAGAAUGGAAGAACCAGAAUGGAAAAGGCCAAGAAAGUGUGGAGGAGGAAAAAAGCGACAAGAUUUAUGAAGGUGAAGUUGUGGAGGAGGAGAAAUUGAAAGAGCAGAACCAGGAAAAUGAGACUGAAAACCAGUCCCAACUCUCCUCUGGCACCAGAGAGGAGGGAGGAGUAAAUCUGAACUUUUGUUUGGAGUCAACGCCAGACAACCAAGACGAGACAGAGAAGACAAAAGAAAACUUACAAAGAAAUGUGCAGUUGGAAGCAGAUGCUGCACUUCACAAGCACACAUCCAGUGAGGAAUCCCAUACAGCUGCUCCUGCUGUGACGGCCACUUCAAGCCACGCCUCUGUAGAGGACUGCUGCAUCUCCCAGAGGCCUGAAGCACCUGCACCAGAUGAAGCAGACAAGUCAGACGCAGGGGUCUCAGGCUCAGGAAAGCAGGAACAGAGGGAGGAUGUGGACGAGGACGACCUGCCGACAGAGCAGAUCUCCCAAACCCCACAGUGUGACGACAAGCUGCCGCCUGCCUUGUUGAGGGAAGUUGAUAAAGAUGGUAACGAAACAGUCAUCAGCAAUCACUCCACUUCUGUUGAAUUCAUUUUCCAAAACACCCUGAUGUUUGAACUGGACUGACGACUGUGAGCAAGGGCUGAAGGGGUUUUCUUGUAUUACAGCAGUUUUAAACACAAGUGACAUUCAGUUCACGUCUGCAGAAUCUCCUAUUAAACAUUUUUCAGGCAUUAAACCUGACCUUUAUUUUCAAAUUUUUAUAGCAUAUUAUAUAUUUAUAGCAUAUAUAUUUCUUUUCUUUUUAUAGCACAUAAAUCAAUAUCCCAGAAUAAACUACCAGAGACAAGACAUGGAAUGCAUUUAUUUUAUUGAAUAUUUCACAUAUAUAUAAAAAAAAGUUGUGGGUCAUUAGCACAGUAAAAAGUAACUCCCUUUAGGUGAUGCUUAUGGACCCUGAGGCACUGUGUUCAGGAAAUUGACCUAAUGUCUUUAUUCCCCUGUCUAGCUGAAGUAGGUCAGUAGGGGAAUCUGCAUUUUGCUGUUAGAGGCAGGAAGAACAGAAAAA